AAAGCAUUUGCGGGGAUGCCUAAGUUAAGACUGCUUCGAAUAGAUCAUGUACACCUCUGUGGAAAUUUUGAACAUCUAUUUGAAGAGUUAAGGUGGCUCUGUUGGCAGUACUGCCCAUUGGAGUCUUUACCAUCCAAUUUUUGUCCAAAGAAACUUCUUGUUUUAGACAUGCAAUUUAGUAGAUUUAAAACACUCUGGAUGGAUGGCAAGCACUUCAAGAGCUUGAAAAUUUUAAAUCUCAGUAAUUCCAAAUGCCUAACAAAAAGCCCCAUCUUUUGUGCACUACCAAUGCUCGAUGAAUUACUGCUUGAAAGUUGUAUAGGUUUAAUGGAGCUCCAUGAAUCAAUUGGGCUUCUAGAUAAACUUGUUCACUUGAAUUUGAAAGAUUGCAUGAACCUCAGGUAUCUUCCAGGCAGUAUCUGCAAGUUAAAGUUUGUUAAACAUGUAAAUCUCAUUGGUUGUGCGAAACUAGAGGAGUUUCCAGAGCACUUGGGACAUAUGGAAAGCUUAACAGAGAUUCUUGCAGAUGGAACAGCCAUCAAACAACUACCUUUCUCUAUUGGACUACUGAAGAAUCUUAGGAGCUUAUCGUUGAAUGGAUGUAAUAGGCAAUUGACAACUAAGUCCUGGUUUUCUCUCAUUUCAUCUUGGGUUUUACUAAGAAAAAAAGCCGACUCCAUAAGAUUUUUACCAUCCUCUGUUUCAGAUUUGUGUUCAGAUUUUUGCGCAACUAGUGAGAUUUAG